AAGGACACUGUUGAGGAAGCAAUGCGUCCGUCUUGUUCUUUUCAUAUCUCAUAAUCCUCUCCUCAUUGCAGGUAACUGUAAACUAUAUAUUUGACAUACACAGAUGAAGAUGAACACUGGUAGAGGGUAACUGUUUAUUAAGUGAUUAAUCUUUUUUUUUGUUUAAUGAACAAUGUAUAAAAGAGAGCGUGGUUAGCACGUGCGGUUGCAUAACAAUUGUGCUACUCCACAAGAUGUUUAAGUAUGUUUGUCAAAGUGAAUGUUAUCUCGUUGUGUAAAUGGAAAGAGUUUAGUUUCUCCCUGGUCUGAAUUGUGAUUUAAGCGCAGGUUGACGUUAACGAUCGAUGAGUACUGAAUGGUAUUAUCGGAGUGGAUGUUACGUCACGUGUACUGAUCAUUUCUCUAUGUUGGGUAAACAUAUGUUUGAAUCAUUCAUGCUGUGCAUUCAUUUAUACAUAUCCAAUGUCAUUACAUUAAAUGUGAUUCACAGUAAGGACACUGUUGAGGAAGCAAUGCGUCCGUCUUGUUCUUUUCACUAAUCCUCUCCUCAUUCCAGGGGUACUACACACACAGUGAUUCUUGAGUAAAAUAAUUUGUAAACUUGGACUUGUUUUAAACUUGUUUAAGGUCAAAUUUAGUUAUUUGUGCUUAAUACGGUAUAUAAUGGCUAGCCAUAAGAAAUCCGUGUGAGGUUAUUUCUGAUUAUGUCAGUAAUAUAAUGUUAUAGUUGUUUCAUGUCUUGAAUAUUUCUAUUUAGUAAAUAAGCUCAAUCAUAGUAGAGAACUAAAUAGUGGAAUGUAAGAUGGCAUGACUAACGUUACUUAUUUUAGUCAAUACUUUUAUAAAUGUACUGUGAUAUUUGUAUCUAAAGGAUAGUUUACCCAAAAAUGAAAAUUCUGUCAUCAUUUACUCACACCCAGGUUGUUUCAAAUCUGUAUAAAUUUCUUUGUUCUGUUGAACACAGAGAAAGAUAUUUCUAUUAGUUCUGGGGCAUCAUUCACUAUCAUAGUAGAUAAAAAAUGUAUAUAUUUUGUUCUGUUGAACACAAAAUUAGAUAUUUCGAAGAAUUUAGGAAAACACAAACAGUUCUGGGGCAAUUAAUUUUUUUCAAUACUAUGGUAGUCAAUGAUGUCCCGGGAGUGAAACAUUUUCCAAAUAUUUUUCUCCGUGUUCAUCAGAACAAAGUAGUUUAUAUAUGAAAUGACAUGAGGGUGAGUAAAUGAUGACAACAUUUACAUUUAUGGGUGUAAUGUCCCUUUAAUCAUUUCAGUUUUUUUUUUGUUUAGAAUCACAACUACUUGUGUAUCAAGAUAUCCUCUAUUAAGCAUUUCUUCAUCUCUGAACGGACGCUUUGUGACCAUUCGCUAUCCACCAGAGCCUUCAUGGUCAAAUUUACACCAAUUGAAUAAGCAGGUGAAUAUUUAUCUGGAACAAUUAAAAAUCCUGAAACAGAUGGCUCUAGCAUGAACAAUUUACUCGUUCACACCCUGACCGUGAUUGACGCCUUCAGAUAAGCUCCUCCUACAGCAAUCCACCAAUAAACGUGAGAGACAAACAAGCAGAAAAAUCAUUCCAGGUGUAACUGAAUUUCUUACUUUUGGUGGAGGAAAGGAAGCUUGAGAACAUGAGAGAUCCAGAACUAUGCAGAAUGGAAAAUGAAGAUACUGAGGAACAAAGAGAUAUGAUGGAGGUGCAUGGUGCUGAUGGGAAACAUCGGUAUGUAAAAGCAAACCUAAAUGUUUCACAAAAAGGAGCUCUGAGAACAGGAGACAAAAAGCAUAGAAACAAAUUCCCAAAAGAUGAAUGCCUCGUGGAUCACAAAAGAGGUCGCACUGGAGAGAAUCCAUUCACAUGUCAUGAGUGUGGAAAGUGUUUCACAGUUAAAUAUAGCCUUCAGGUACACAUGAGAAUUCACACCGGAGAGAAACCUUUUACAUGUGAUCAGUGUGGAAAGAGUUUCACAUGUGGCGGUCACCUUUCAAGACACACAAAAAUUCACACCGGAGAGAAACCACACACGUGUCAUCAGUGUGGAAAGAGUUUUGCACAUCGCAGUGGCCUUCAGAGACACAUGAACAUUCAUGAGAAUCUCCCAAUAGAUGGAAGCCUUGUGGAUCACAAAAGAACUCAAAGCGGGGAGAGGACUUUUGCAUGUCAUCAGUGUGAAAAGACUUUUAAAACAAGAGCAGUGCUUGUACGGCACAUGAAAAAUCACGCUGAAGAGAAGCCUUUCAAAUGUCAUCUGUGUGGAAAGAGUUACGCAAUAAAAAACCAUCUUGUACAGCACAUGAAAAUUCACACGGGGGAGAGGCCUUUCACAUGUCAUGUGUGUGGGAUGAAUUUCGUCUACAAAUCAGUCCUUACGAAGCACAUGUUAGUUCACGUUGAAGAGAAACUAUUCGAAUGCCAUCAGUGUGAAAAGAGUUUCUCAGAUGGGCAUAAACUCAAGAUUCACGUGAGAAUUCACUCUGGAGAAAAACCAUUCAAGUGCCACGAGUGUGAAAAGUCUUUCAGAAGUGCAGGUAGCCUUAAGGCACAUAUGAGAACUCACUCUGGAGUGAAACUUUUUGCCUGUCAUCUGUGUGAAAAGAGGUUUGCAGGUCCAGCUCCGCUUCAAUCACACAUUAGAGUUCACAACGGGGAGAAACCAUUCACGUGUCAUGAGUGUGGAAAGAGUUUCACUGAAAAAGUUGUCCUUAAGGUACACAUGAGAAUUCACACAGGAGAAAAACCUUUUACAUGUGAUCAGUGUGGAAAGAGUUUCACAUGUGGCGGUCACCUUUCAAGACACAGAAAAAUUCACACCGGAGAGAAACCUUUUACAUGUGAUCAGUGUGUAAAGAGUUUUGCACAUCGCAGUGGCCUUCAGAGACACAUGAACAUUCAUGAGAAUCUCCCAAUAAAUGGACGCCUUGUGGAUCACAAAAGAACUCAAAGCGGGGAGAGGACUUUUGCAUGUCAUCAGUGUGAAAAGACUUUUAAAACAAGAGCAGUGCUUGUACGGCACAUGAAAACUCACGCUGAAGAGAAGCCUUUCAAAUGUCAUCUGUGUGGAAAGAGUUACGCAAUAAAAAACCAUCUUGUACAGCACAUGAAAAUUCACACGGGGGAGAGGCCUUUCACAUGUCAUGUGUGUGGGAUGAAUUUCGUCUACAAAUCAGUCCUUACGAAGCACAUGUUAGUUCACGUUGAAGAGAAACUAUUCGAAUGCCAUCAGUGUGAAAAGAGUUUCUCAGAUGGGCAUAAACUCAAGAUUCACGUGAGAAUUCACUCUGGAGAAAAACCAUUCAAGUGCCACGAGUGUGAAAAGUCUUUCAGAAGUGCAGGUAGCCUUAAGGCACAUAUGAGAACUCACUCUGGAGUGAAACUUUUUGCCUGUCAUCUGUGUGAAAAGAGGUUUGCAGGUCCAGCUCCGCUUCAAUCACACAUUAGAGUUCACAACGGGGAGAAACCAUUCACGUGUCAUGAGUGUGGAAAGAGUUUCACUGAAAAAGUUGUCCUUAAGGUACACAUGAGAAUUCACACAGGAGAAAAACCUUUUACAUGUGAUCAGUGUGGAAAGAGUUUCACAUGUGGCGGUCACCUUUCAAGACACAGAAAAAUUCACACCGGAGAGAAACCUUUUACAUGUGAUCAGUGUGUAAAGAGUUUUGCACAUCGCAGUGGCCUUCAGAGACACAUGAACAUUCAUGAGAAUCUCCCAAUAAAUGGACGCCUUGUGGAUCACAAAAGAACUCAAAGCGGGGAGAGGACUUUUGCAUGUCAUCAGUGUGAAAAGACUUUUAAAACAAGAGCAGUGCUUGUACGGCACAUGAAAACUCACGCUGAAGAGAAGCCUUUCAAAUGUCAUCUGUGUGGAAAGAGUUACGCAAUAAAAAACCAUCUUGUACAGCACAUGAAAAUUCACACGGGGGAGAGGCCUUUCACAUGUCAUGUGUGUGGGAUGAAUUUCGUCUACAAAUCAGUCCUUACGAAGCACAUGUUAGUUCACGUUGAAGAGAAACUAUUCGAAUGCCAUCAGUGUGAAAAGAGUUUCUCAGAUGGGCAUAAACUCAAGAUUCACGUGAGAAUUCACUCUGGAGAAAAACCAUUCAAGUGCCACGAGUGUGAAAAGUCUUUCAGAAGUGCAGGUAGCCUUAAGGCACAUAUGAGAACUCACUCUGGAGUGAAACUUUUUGCCUGUCAUCUGUGUGAAAAGAGGUUUGCAGGUCCAGCUCCGCUUCAAUCACACAUUAGAGUUCACAACGGGGAGAAACCAUUCACGUGUCAUGAGUGUGGAAAGAGUUUCACUGAAAAAGUUGUCCUUAAGGUACACAUGAGAAUUCACACAGGAGAAAAACCUUUUACAUGUGAUCAGUGUGGAAAGAGUUUCACAUGUGGCGGUCACCUUUCAAGACACAGAAAAAUUCACACCGGAGAGAAACCUUUUACAUGUGAUCAGUGUGUAAAGAGUUUUGCACAUCGCAGUGGCCUUCAGAGACACAUGAACAUUCAUGAGAAUCUCCCAAUAAAUGGACGCCUUGUGGAUCACAAAAGAACUCAAAGCGGGGAGAGGACUUUUGCAUGUCAUCAGUGUGAAAAGACUUUUAAAACAAGAGCAGUGCUUGUACGGCACAUGAAAACUCACGCUGAAGAGAAGCCUUUCAAAUGUCAUCUGUGUGGAAAGAGUUACGCAAUAAAAAACCAUCUUGUACAGCACAUGAAAAUUCACACGGGGGAGAGGCCUUUCACAUGUCAUGUGUGUGGGAUGAAUUUCGUCUACAAAUCAGUCCUUACGAAGCACAUGUUAGUUCACGUUGAAGAGAAACUAUUCGAAUGCCAUCAGUGUGAAAAGAGUUUCUCAGAUGGGCAUAAACUCAAGAUUCACGUGAGAAUUCACUCUGGAGAAAAACCAUUCAAGUGCCACGAGUGUGAAAAGUCUUUCAGAAGUGCAGGUAGCCUUAAGGCACAUAUGAGAACUCACUCUGGAGUGAAACUUUUUGCCUGUCAUCUGUGUGAAAAGAGGUUUGCAGGUCCAGCUCCGCUUCAAUCACACAUUAGAGUUCACAACGGGGAGAAACCAUUCACGUGUCAUGAGUGUGGAAAGAGUUUCACUGAAAAAGUUGUCCUUAAGGUACACAUGAGAAUUCACACAGGAGAAAAACCUUUUACAUGUGAUCAGUGUGGAAAGAGUUUCACAUGUGGCGGUCACCUUUCAAGACACAGAAAAAUUCACACCGGAGAGAAACCUUUUACAUGUGAUCAGUGUGUAAAGAGUUUUGCACAUCGCAGUGGCCUUCAGAGACACAUGAACAUUCAUGAGAAUCUCCCAAUAAAUGGACGCCUUGUGGAUCACAAAAGAACUCAAAGCGGGGAGAGGACUUUUGCAUGUCAUCAGUGUGAAAAGACUUUUAAAACAAGAGCAGUGCUUGUAAAGCACAUGAAAACUCACGCUGAAGAGAAGCCUUUCAAAUGUCAUCUGUGUGGAAAGAGUUUUCGUUGUGGCAGUAGCCUUAAGAGUCACAUGAGAACUCACACUGGAGAGAAACCAUUCACAUGUCAUCAGUGUGGAAAGAGUUUCAGAAAUGAAAGGAACCUUGAGACACACAUGAGACUUCACACUGGAGAGAACCGGUGCUCAAACUCUGAAGAUGAGACGCUUAAUUGAUCAAAAGUUUAAUGACUUACCUGAGUGGACAUGCAAACAUGAAGUCUUGUUUACGGUGUGUUUUUUUUGGAGCUGGUGUCUCAUUUAUAAAACAUUGCGUAGAUUUCAUCCUUAGAGUGUGUACAAAAGUUUUCAGAUUUAUGAAACCAUGUGUACACCAGGACCUGCGCAUAAUUCGCUCUGUCUUUUAUUCUAACGUGGGCAGAGAAAUAGCGGGGAGUAUGGGUGUUAUUACUCAAUGAACCAUAAAAAAUUGACAUUACAAUGUAAAAUAACCUUCCGAUAACAUUUUAUCGUACAUCUAAUGAAGAAACAGAGAGUUAAUAAAUCGAAAUUCCAAAAUUUUGAGAACACGUAAUGAUUAUUACAUCAUAUUUAUGGCAUUGAAUUAUAAUCUGUUUAUAAAAAUAUGUACUGAAACAUGUUUAUGUUAAUCAUGUGCAAAAUCAUACAACAAUAUAAAAACAAGUAUUAACAGAGGUAUAUUAAGCGCUCAUUACAUGCAUUCAGGGGCGUCCUAUGAAUUAUAGCAUGAGUCAUAGGGACUUGUUUUAUGAUAGUCCGGACGAUUGCAUAAAUCUAUUAAACUAAUAUUACAGGUUAAAGACUGGUAUUUACUUUUAAUGUCUGGUCCUAGAGGGCCAGUGAUCUGCAUAGUUUAGUUCCAACACAGAGAAAAGAUUUAGUUUGUCUUAUCAUUUUUUGUUAACUGUGUCUCAAUUGUUUGAUUAAAAUAGAGUUUUUCUAGAUUUUCUCAGUAAAUGUGUUUAAUCAGUUUUUUCCCAAAUGUUGAACAAUAGUCAAAUGGAAUUGCUCAUCUAUGGAGAUUGAAUUACAAGAAUGUUAAAGAAUUCCGUUAGAGAAUUCUUAUGGAAUUUAUCAAAAUGUUUUUUAUAAAAAGUGCUGAUUAUGUCCUUUAUAAUGCAAAAGCUAUUUUAAUUUUAGUCUUUAUAUAUCUAAUAAAUGAGCUAAGGGAUUAAGCACAUUUUCUAGAUUUUUUCUAUAUAUACUGUGUUAUAAAAACAUCCCAAUUCUCCUUUCUAUUUAACAUGAACUGUAUAUCGAUGUUCAUGGGUGAAUAAGACAUGUUAUGUAGUUCAGUUGGUGUUUUAAUCUUUCAAUGAAUUGAAUAGUUUUUUUUUCUUAAAAGCUGAUAAAAUUUUUAUGUAUUUUAUUUAAUUCAACAGUCCUUUAUGGCUUUUUGUGGCUCUUCAUUCUUGAUCUCCAGUAGCUGACUGCGAAAAAAAUACAAGAAGUAUUUGGGGACAGUAAAACCGGCUUUUCACCUCUUGAGGACAUUUUUGGUGUUAAUAGAGCUGUUCAUAGAGCUUUCAGCCUUCUGCUGUUUGUCUUGAAUGGUUUUUCACAUCAUUUUUAAUAGAGCUGUUAAGAGACCUUAUUGUUCCAGGCUGAUCUUCUCUUUUCACCUACUUCAUUAUGAUAAUAUCUUAAGCUCUCAUGUAAAUGGACACAAAAUAGAUGUUUGUGUUUUGUAAAAAAUGUAAUUUUGAAACUAAAUUAGGCUACAUGACAAGUUAGUCAACCCUCAGUUUGGGGUCUUUUUAGGUUCUUUGCUAUAGUCUAAAUGAAAAUAAAUAAUGUCA